GUGGGAGACAACGACCGCCGAUCUCAACAUUCUCCCACCCAUUCUUUCUUUCUCUUCUCCGCGCCACAGCCGUUUCUUCCGAACAACCUCAGUACGGAGUAGUCGAUUGUGUUGGUUCUGGGCUGGUGCCUCGAGUUAUUCUUCUGUGAUUAUCGUUGCCAUUGUUGCAUCUCUAGCUGCUGUCACCGCUCGGGACUGACAUCAUCGUCGCUACCUUACCAAACGCGGUCAUCACCACAUCGCAAACCACACAAUCCAAUCCCGCCAUGGCCCUGUUUCGUGCAGCUCUGCUGCCUCUGGCGCUCCUCCCAGCCGUUCUGGCUGCACCUGCACCGGUCGAUCCCGCCCACCCAAUGAUCACACCCCCGCCGACGCGCGUGAAAAGAGAGCCUAGCUUGACGGACGACAUCGACAGCUAUGUCCACAGUAUCAUCGGUGAUGCUUCCUCCUGGGUAGCUUCUGGCAUUCCUGCAUUCUUCCAGGGCUUCCCAACUGGCACCGCGGUCCUCAGUUCUCUCGGCAUCAGCGAUGGUGACCUGGAUGCAAAGCCUACCCAGAUCUUGAAUCUGCCGGCCUACGGAAACUGGACCGACGAAGGAUGGAAUGUCCGCAUUCACGGCAACGUCUUCAAGCAGCCCAAUAUUAGCCAGUCCAAGGUCGAUGACUUGGCCAAUGUUUUCCUCAUCGAUGUCGACAUCAAAGACCUGCCUGCCGAUCAACAAGCCCAGGCACGCAAUGUCACCGAGUCCAUUUUCGUCGUCCAGCAAGAUGACCAAAACGUUACCAUGAACUUCGUUAACGACGUCUCCGUGAGACCUGGUGCCAGCGGAGGAGCCGUCAAUGCUCGUGGCGGCGCACAAUCGAUCAAUUUGCCCUACUUGACAACGGCCGAAGGUGACUUUGACGCGUUUGUCAAGUUGCGCAACACCACAGGCUCGACGGGCGGCCAUAUGUUGCCAGGCAAUGCCACAUCGUCAAUCCAGACUCUCAACAUGUACGCCAACGGCACGUUGACGGGCAACGCGACAGCCUACCUCGUCCCUCCCACAGGCUUCACCAUCAUCUCCGACAUUGAUGACAUUCUCCGCGUCACCAAGAUCUACGAGCCCAAAGAGGGCCUGCUCAACUCCUUUGCGCGCCCCUUCACCCAGUGGGAGAACAUGCCCCAAAUCUACGCCAACUGGUCGGCAUCCAUCCCCGACUUCCACUUCCACUACUUGACUACGACCCCUGAGCAGGUCACGCGCAACUACAUGGAGUUCAUCUACAAGACGUAUCCCCUGGGCAGCUUCGACACUCGUCCUCUCAACUUCUCUGAUGUCUCAGCGACGCUGUCCAUCCGAAGAUUCCUGCUUGACAAGAUCUUCCAGACUUUCCCGCAGCGAAAGUUCGUCCUGGUAGCCGACACGACCAACUCCGAUGUCAUGAAGGCGUAUCCCGCGUUGUACAAGGACUACCCGGGCCAGGUCCAGUGCAUCUUCUUGCGAAACACCAGUGCCACCGACUCUGGCAACAAGUUCCCCUACAACACCGAGGGCUUCAAAGAUAUCCCUCAGAACAACUACAUGUUCUUCAGAGUGCCGGAUGACUUGACAAACCUGGACAUUGUAAAUGGGCAGUGUUAUAAUGCCACCAUCCCGCAGAACGUCACUUUCAAGACGCAGGGCCUGCCAUUCGGGCUGGGCAACGCAGCAGGUUCUUUGGCGCCACCGAGCACGUGGGCGGUGGUCGUCGUCAUGUUUGGUAUGAGUUUGGCUGCCUUGUUGUAGCGGUAAGAGGGAGAGGAGCGAAACGAACACACACGAGUAAUGUUUUAAAGAGGAAAAAAAAUAUUUCUGGUUUCACGUCAUGUUGCGGUCCAGGCCCUUUCACCGCCUGUGUCUUGUCUUGAAAUACAACUUUUUUCUUGCGAUAUGCACCAUCAUGACACGAGCGCGGCAUUUCGUUCCCACCCCCAAAGUGAAGUUAAGCUAGACGAGUGGCCUAUAAACGUUCAUCCC